UGAAAGACAUAAUAAAAAGAGAGAACCACAAAGUAAUGAAGCAAAAGAUGCUGAUCGAGACUUUUGCCUUUUUCACCUUUCGCAUGAUCAGGCAAAAGAUUUGUAGUUUCAGUUGGGCUAGAACAGCGAAGCCGGUUGGUCAGCCGCUUUUGCUUAUAUAAUAACACAACAACAUAAGUAUAACUUGGGCUUUGGCAUAAUUAAGCAUUGUGUUUGUGUCGCCCAUGAAUAAUACAUAAAAAAACACACAAACCCAAGAACCACACGCCAGUCAAACACACACAAAAAGCUAACAAGCUACGUCAGCCAUUGACCCGGUCAACGAGAACAGCAAUAACAAAAAACACAAAGUUUUUCUUUCGAUUUAUGCAAAUGCCGCAAGCAAUAAGAUUUCUUUGGCUACUCUGCCUAGUUGUGGCAGCGUCGCGAGUUGUUCUCGCUGGCAACGAGGAACAUUUGCGAGAACUUGUGGCCACCGAGACUUCGCUCAUCGAUGCGCUGCGCGAAUAUAUUGAUGGACUCGAACAUCAGUUGUUGGCACUGAAACAAGAAACUCUCGCCAUCGAAGAACUCCAUCAGCUGGUGGGCGAUCAAGUGGAGGAAUACAUUGGGAAUCCACUCAAUGUACUCACCAUUCUGAAGCGUUUCCAGAGCGUUUGGCCCAAGCUCGAGAGGCAAGCGAAUGCGACCCUCGAGUUGGGCCAAGAUAUGCCCGACUAUGAGAUGGAAUUGCCGCUGCCCAGCGAAGAGGAAUACGAGACAGCGCUGUUGAAUUUAUUGCGACUACAAUCUGUCUACGAACUGGAACCUGCGACACUCUCACUGGGCAUAGUCAAUGGACUGAAGCUGGGCUCGGCGAUGUCGUGGAGCGAUUGCCUGGAGAUGGCGCGCAAGUCGGAUCGCAAUGGUGACUAUGCGGUGGCCAAAUAUUGGGUGGAAACAGCGCUGGGAAAGCUGCCAGCUGCUGCGGGCAAUGCAACCCAUGGCAGCUCAAUCAGUGAACACGACCGAGGCAGGGUACAAAUACUGGAGGCAUCUGUGAAUAUGGAUUACCGCGCAGGCGAAUUCCUGAGUGCUCUGGCCACGGCCAAGGAGUUGCUGCUGCUACGUCCCGCGAAUCAGAAUGUGCAGAAAGCCAAGGCCAAGAUUGAACGGGCCAUAAGCGGAGCUCAAACGAAGUCCAAGGCAAAGCUCUCGAAAUCCGUUGAGCAGCUGCUUAUUGAUGAGCUCUGCCGCUCGGCCACCCGCCAGCAGGUGACAACAGGAAGUCGUCUAUUGGAGUGUCGCCAAGAUGUGUCGCAUCUCCGCAUGCUACGCUUGGAGCAGCUGAGUGAGGAUCCACACAUCACGCUCUAUCACAAUGUGCUCAGCUUCCGUCAGGCAGACAAAUUGAUUACACUACUCGAUGAUAAGCCAAAGCAACACACGAAAGUCGCCGCCACUUUUGCGCCAAUGGAGCUGAGCAAACUGGGACAGAAAAUGCUGCGUGGCAUCAAUUAUCAACUGGCUAAUGUUGGACACCCAGAGGAGCCGAUGUCGUUGCCAUUGUGGCAGGCACGUCGUCACAGUCACGAGCACGUGACGGCCACAGAGGUGGCAGAGGCUGAGCAUGUGCAGCAUGUGGCACGCGCUAUGCUCCAACUACACGAACCAAAGUUGGGCGGUGCGUUGGUGUUUCCACAGUUGGAGCUCGGCGUGAAUGUCCCACGGGGUUCGUUGCUCUACUGGCGCACUCGCAGCGUUAGCGAGUCACAUUCAAGACUGGAUUACCGCAGUCGCCAGCUUGUCUGUCCCGUGCUGCUGGGCUCACAGUUGUGUAAGUGAAACACGAACUUCUGAAUCUCAUCAACUUCAACCGA